ACACCCUCCUGGGCUCUUCCAAUUUCGCGUUCUCACGCAGUUUGGUCCAUGUGACGCUCCGUCUCUGAUUACAAUAUGGCGACCUCCAUGUUGAACCGGGUGUGUGUGACCCUUAGGGUCUCGGGGAUUUCGAGUGUGACCCCCAAAAAGGGCCCAGGGUACAGUACAGGUCUGUCUGUCCCUCAGCCAGCAGCUCCAGUGACACGGGGAAACCGUCCUUUCCAGAAGGGCAUAUUAAAGAGACAGCCACCUGCUCCAAGGACAGAAAAGAUGCUCCCAGAUCAAGACUGGACUAGUGUUUAUCCAACUGCAGCAGCAUUUAAACCUUCAGCAGUGCCACUUCCCAUUCGCAUGGGAUACCCACUAAAGGGCAGUGUCCCUCUUGAAAAGACAGGGAAUCUUGAGCUUGUGAAGAUACCCAAUUUUUUGCACCUGACCCCUGUUGCCAUAAAGCAACACUGUGCAGCUCUACGAGAUUUCUGCACUCAUUGGCCAUCUGCUCUUUCAAGUGAUGAGCUAUGUACACAGCACUUUCCUAUUGAAUUUCAGACUGUAGAUUAUGUCACAGCUGGUCCUUCUGUACGAAAUCCAAAAGCCAGAGUGGUAACUCUGCAGGUGAAACUCUCCAAUCUAAACCUGGAUGAUCAUGCUAGGAAAAAGCUAAUUAAACUUGUCGGAUCUCGAUACGAUAAAGACUCUGAUAUGUUGACUAUUCGGACUGACAGAUGUCCUCUUCGAAGACAGAAUCAAGAUUAUGCUAUGUACCUCCUAACUGUCUUAUACCAUGAAUCAUGGAAAACAGAGGCUUGGGAGAGCGAAAAGGAAGAGAGUGACAUGGAAGAAUAUGUGUGGGAGGGCAGCAAGUCAGAAGCAAAUGUCCUUCAGACUUUGCUUAAGGCAGGUAGUGACCCUCUCACCAAAGAAGAAGUCCUACAGUCUCCCAGUGUCCAAGAAUACCGCAGUGCUGUUCUGAGACUACGUAAUGAGGGAGAAAAUGAGGAGAGUGUAAAUUCCUACAAGGAAAGUGUAAAAAAAAUGUUAGGCCUGGCAUAAAUUACAGUCCUCAAGGUAUCCAAAGAUUAGUUUUGAGGACAUUGCAUAUUGGAUGAUCAGCGAACCCAGCUCUAAUCUUCACGGGUUAUGAACAAUGUAAGACCUGUUUACAGUCUUAUAAACAAUCUUCAAGUACUACAGAGCUAUGGCUGGUUGAUUCCUGACAUGUCUCAUAUCACCGUGAGAACUUUGCCAUGGACUUGAAUGUGAGCAAAAUAAUGUCAUGAAUCUAGAAUC